AUGCCAUCCUACACUAAGUUCCUUAAAGAAAUUCUUUCAAAGAAAAGAUGGUUGGAAGACUAUGAGACUGUUGCUCUUAUAAAGGAAUGCAGUGCCAUAUUGCAAAACAAGCUGCCACCAAAGCUCAAAGAUCCAGGAAACUUCUUCAUACCUUGUCUUAUUAGCAACAUGAAUAUAGACAAGGCACUCUGUGAUCUAGGUGCAAGUGUGAGUCUGAUGCCUUUAUCAAUAUGUCAAAAGCUAGAUGUAGGAGAGCUCAAACCCAUAACAAUUUCACUGCAAUUGGCUAAUCGGUCUGUCAAGUACCCAAUUGGCAUCUUAGAAAACAUCCCCAUCAAGAUAGAAAAAUUUAUCAUUCUUAUUGAUUUUGUUGUCCUGGAGAUAGAAAAGGAUGUCCAAAUUCUUAUCAUCCUGGGAAGACCUUUCUUAGGAAUCAUCGGAGCUAUCAUAGAUGUUAAGAAUGGGUGGUUAGCUCUCAAGGUAGGAGAUGAAGAAGUGAAAUUCAACCUGUUUAGAAUAAUGAAGUGUAAACUUAAACUUGAUGAAUGCUUAAGGGUUGACAUAAUUGACAAGUUAGUUGAAGAAGAAUUUCACAAAAGACAUCUUGAAGAUCCUCUUAAAGCAUGUACAAUGUAUGGCCACAUAGCAGAUAAUGAAAACACAGAAAUUGCAGCUUGUGCAAAAUCUUUAGAAGCUAGCCCAUCCCUACCCUUAGCUCAAGCUUUCUAG